UUUCAAGGGAAACGUAGUCACCCGUUGUUUUGUUUCUAGCUUGAUGCAUAUGUUAGUUGUAGUUUACGUUUGUAGCUGCUUUUAAGUUUUAUCCAUAUAAUCUCACAACGUGUGAAACAAACUUGAAUUGACAGCUAUGUGUAGCUGUGUUCGGAGCUGCACAGCUCUUUUCUCCACACGACUCCCAAGGCUGCUGCUCACCCAGACUGGGUUCCGGUUGGAUGGCAGGGGCCUCCGUACCUCUCCACCCUGCAUGACUGUCAGCGUGGACUCCCAGCUGCUCCCAUUACCUAGCCAGGCUCGUGUGGUGAUUUGUGGAGGUGGCAUCGUGGGAACAUCGGUGGCCUACCAUCUGGCCAAACUGGGUUGGUCUGAUAUAGUCCUGCUAGAGCAGGGGAGACUAGGUGCAGGAACAACCAGACUGUGUGCUGGCAUUGUCAGCGUGGCAAAACCCAUCCCUAUUGAGUGUCAGAUGGCCAACUACUCCAUCACACUUUACCAGCAACUGGAACAGGAGACUGGAGUUAAAACAGGUUAUGUGAAGACAGGUUCUUUGUGUUUGGCCCAAAAUCAGGAUCGCUUCAUCUCUCUUAAGCGCUUGGCAUCACGACUUAAAAUAUUGGGAAUCAGCUGUAACAUCAUGAAGCCUAAGGAGGUGGCUAAGCUACACCCUCUUGUUAACAUACAUGACCUGGUUGGGGCGAUCCAUCUCCCUGUAGAUGCUGUGGUGUCGCCACCUGAUGUUAACCAUGCUCUUGCAGUGGCUGCUGCUGGAUUAGGUGUUCAGAUCCUGGAGCGAACCAGUGUCCAACAGGUUGUUGUCGACCGUGAUCAUGUGACAGCAGUCGAGACUGAUCGUGGCUCCAUCGAGUGUGAAUAUUUUGUCAACUGUGCUGGCCAGUGGGCAUACGAGCUGGGUCAAGCCAGUGAAGUGAAAGUCUCUGUUCCUCUGCAUGGCUGUGAACACUUUUACCUCCUCACCAAACCUCUCCAGGAACCACUUCUCCCCAAUACACCAGUGGUGAUCGAUAUGGAUGGCAGGAUAUAUGUGCGACCGUGGCAGGGAGGUCUGCUGUCAGGGGGCUACGAGAAGAACCCUAAACCUAUCUUUACUGAAGGUCGCAACCAGCUGGAGAUCCAGAACAUGCAGGAAGACUGGGACCACUUUGAGCCAAUGCUGAGUGCACUGCUGAGAAGAAUGCCGAGUCUCGAGUCAGCUGAGAUCCAUCACUUGGUCAACUGUCCGGAGUCUUUCACCCCAGAUAUGCGCUGUCUCAUGGGAGAGACUGCAGGUGUUCCUGGCUACUAUGUUCUGGCUGGCAUGAACUCCUCUGGUUUGACUUUUGCUGGAGGAGCUGGAAAGUACCUGGCAGAGUGGAUGACCUGCGGUUAUCCCACCACCAGUAUUUGGCCUCUGGACAUCAAACGCUUUGGUAACCUGCAAAGCAGCCGAACAUUCCUCCGGCAUAGAGUAAUGGAAGUCAUGCCACUGCUUUACGAACUGAAGGUUCCUCGCUGGGACUUUCAGACCGGACGUCAGCUGAGAACCAGCCCUCUGUAUGACCGUCUGGAUACACAAGGAGCUCGCUGGAUGGAGAAACAUGGCUUUGAGAGGGCAAAAUAUUUUGUUCCUCCAGGGAAAGAUCUGCUGUCUCUAAGCCAGAGUAAGACCUUUUACAAACCAGACUGGUUUGACAUUGUUGGAGCAGAAGUGAAAUGCUGCAAGGAGGCCGUGUGCGUAGUCGACAUGUCGUCCUUCACCAAAUUUGAACUGACUUCCACAGGAAGUCAGGCCUUGGAGUUUCUGCAGUAUCUGUGUUCUGACGAUCUGGAUGUUCCUGUUGGACACAUCGUUCACACUGGAAUGCUGAAUGAAAGAGGAGGCUACGAGAACGACUGCAGUGUGGUGCACAUCAGCAAGAACAGCUUCUUUAUUAUCUCUCCUACCGACCAGCAGGUUCACUGUUGGUCUUGGAUGAAGAAACACAUGCCCAAUGACCCACAGCUCUACCUAGAGGAUGUCAGCUGGAAGUACACAGCUUUAAAUCUGAUUGGACCUCGUGCAAUGGAUGUCCUGGCUGAGCUGUCAUAUGUUUCCAUGACGCCUGAUCGCUUCCCUUCCAUGUUCUGUAAGGAGAUGAGUGUGGGUUAUGCUAACGGGAUCAGAGUGAUGAGCAUGACCCACACUGGAGAACCUGGUUUCAUGCUCUACAUCCCAAUAGAGUACGCGCUGCACGUGUACAAUGAGGUGAUGUCAGUGGGACAGAAAUACGGCAUUCGUAAUGCAGGAUACUACGCACUGCGCAGCCUGCGCAUAGAGAAGUUCUUUGCCUUCUGGGGUCAGGACCUGGACGCCUUCACCACACCACUGGAGUGUAGCCGAGAGUUCAGGGUGAAGCUUGAUACGGACACAGAUUUCAUUGGUCGUCAGGCCUUGCUGCAGCAGCGUCAGGAUGGCGUGUCUCGUCGCGUCUCAUGCUGGUUCUGGAUGGACCACGCACCGGAGCUGGACCUGUGGCCGUGUUGGGGACCCAUCUACCGUAACGUGAGCUGGCUGGACCACCACCAGCGCGCCUACAGCUACAUGCUGGAGCGCCCGACGUCUGCCUCUCUUUGUGUCGCCUCCACCGGGACCUGAUGGCUCAGCCACACCCAUCACCCCAGAAGUUCAUCAACCGCGGGGAUUAUGAGGUUGACAUUGCUGGCCACGGUACCCGGCCAGAACCAAACUCUAAGCCCGAUCAGCUCAUUCUUCACGCAGCAAAAACGCCGCAGAAGGAUCUGGAGC